AAGAAGGGCAGAGGCAGCAGGUUUUGGCUCCUCUGCUCACUGCUCAGUUGUGAUUUUCUCCCUGGAGGAGGAAUUUCUCAAUUUUUUUCCCUGCUUGGCAGCACGGGUGAGGAUGGAUGCUGGAUCGGCCGGGAUGCUUGUUACUCUCCUCCUUCUCUCCAUCCUGUGGUUCCUGAUCUGGAAAGUCAGCAUGAAAAGAAGCCAGCUGCCUCCUGGACCAGCCCCGUGGCCCAUUCUGGGCAACCUCUGGCAAAAGGAUGUCCUGCCCCUCUACAGGACCUAUGAGAAGCUCAGCAGCACAUACGGCCCCAUCUUCACCGUCUGGCUGGGGCUGAAGCCGGUGGUGGUGCUCUGCGGGUACGAGACGGUGAAGGAUGCUCUGUUGGGCCACGCCGAGGAGUUUGGAGGGAGACCUGAAAUACCCCUUCUGAGGCAGCUAUCGAAAGACUACGGUUUUGUCUCCAACAAUGAGAAGAAGUGGCAGGAGCUGCGGAGGUUCACGCUCAGCACCCUGCGGGACUUUGGGAUGGGGAAGAGCUCCAUGUCACAGCGGGUGCAGCAGGAGACCCAGCACCUGGUGAAACUGCUGGCAGAACUCAAAGGAAAUGCCUUUGAGCCGCUGACGCUGUUCAGACAUGCAGUUGCCAAUGUGAUCUGCUCGGUCGUCUUUGGGAACCACUACAGCUACAGUGAUACGGCCUUUCUGGAGCUACUGAAUGUGAUCGGGAAUUACAUCAGCUUCUUCCUCUCCCCCAUCGCUGCGGUCUACAACACCUUCCCCAACAUCAUGCACCACCUCCCAGGGCCACACAGGAAAGUCCUGGCCAGGUGUGAGAAGCUGAAGGACUACAUCAGAGAAAGAGUUGAGCUUCACAAGCUCACGCUGGAUCCCAGCUGCCCCCGGGACUACAUCGACUGUUUCCUUAUAAAAGCGGAAAAGGAGAAGAACAGCCCAGAGAACAUGUACAGCCACGAAGACCUGGUUAUGUCAGUAUUCAACCUCUUCGGCGCCGGGACCGUGACUACUAGCAAUAGCCUGGUCUUCUGCCUCUUGAUCCUGGCAAAAUACCCCCAUAUUCAAGCCAAGGUCCAAGAGGAGAUCGAUGCGGUGGUGGGCGCUGCCCGUGCUCCCAGCACAGAGGACAAGCUGAAGAUGCCAUACACUAACGCAGUGAUCCAUGAGCUGCAGCGCUUGCAGAAGUCCCGCAUCGAGAACUUCCCACGGAUGACCACGCAGGACAUUGUGUUCAGGGGCCACACCAUCCCCAAGGGCAUGGUUGUUAUUCCGGUAUUAUCUUCCGUGCAUACGGAUCCAACCCAGUGGGAGAACCCCAAAGAAGUCGACCCAGGCCACUUCUUGGAUGAGAAGGGCGAGUUCAGGAAGCACAAAGCCUUCAUGGCUUUCUCGGCAGGGAAGCGCAUGUGCCCCGGCGAGGCGCUGGCCCGCAUCGAGCUCUUCCUUUUCCUCACCACGCUGCUGCAGAGCUUCACCUUCCAGCUCGCCUCCAAGUACGAGGAGACGGAUUUAUUGUCCCUGUGGCUCAAGAUAGAGAGCAGGGCGAUACCUUGCAAGUUCUUUGCUAUUCGGCGCCCGGUAUCCUCCUAAACAGAAAGCGGCGGGCAGAGGGAAAGGGUCUUCCAGGUGCCUUUGCUUCUGGAAUCAGAGCAAGCCACGCGACCAUGAACGCUGCCGCGGCAGUCACCAAGCAGGAGGGUCACUUGGAGCUUUGAACAUCCCCUCAGAGAACUGCCAGGUGUCUUUGCCACCAGCUCUAUGGGCAGCCUGCUCCCAACCCUUCCCCACGUCCCAGCGACACAAGGAUGGCAGCACCGGUUUUGUUCCCCUGCACCGGCCAGCUCUGAGCCUCUCUCCCCGUGGCAGGGCUGCCUGAGCCCCCCAGGGCUGUGCUGGGGGCUCCCUCCUUUCGGUGAGAGACUAUGAGAGUGCUUCUGCAAUAAAAAUAACCACCAUAACUGGA